CUUUUGUUCCAGCUCCUGUAUAACGAGCCACAGCCGGACCUUGCCGAGCUUACUUUUCCUGGUCUUCUCCUGCUUGCCGAGGCGGCUCACACAUAUCAAGUCUAUGCUACCUUUAGUCCCUGCAAGAACGCGGUUCGCCCUUUGAUACCUGCUCACUUGCUUACAGUUCUCGGCGCCGCAUUCGAAUGGAAGGAUCGUUCACUCGUGGACGAGGCAGCUAAGCAUACCAUC